UAGAAAUCCAAGUUCCCAGAUCUGCAUUUGUACUCCAUUUUCAGUUUUGAGGAAAAAUGGGAGCUUUGGUGAAGCUCAUUGACGUGAUUCUUUUCGUGUUCUUUGUUGUGAUCGUCUUAGGAGCGCCGUUGCUCGAUGCGCAGGCGUGUCUGCCGGAGAGUCUCUUUCCGGACUUCCUGGUUGAGCUCAAUGCCUGGUACGCCCACAAGUUCGGCGACUAUCUGGUUGCCGAAAAGCCUCACUUCUUCGUUGGUCUGGUCUGGUUGGAGCUCUUCUUUCAGUGGCCUCUCGCGGUUCUCAAUCUGUAUGGCAUUUGGGCUGCCAAGUCUUGGUUGAGCACCACCUGUUUGAUCUAUGGCGCUUCCGUCCUAACCAGCCUGGUUGCUAUUUUAUCAGAAAUGAUAGGGUCUGGUAAGGCAUCCGAUAAGCUGUUAACAGUGUACUUCCCUUUCUUGGGGUUGGGUGUGUUGGCAAUCCUGCGCGGUCUGCUAGCACAAUCUGGCAAGACUGCGUCAAGUUCAACCGUCGCCGAGGGAUCUUCAUUGGGUCGGAAAAAGAGGGCUUGAAAAUACAGCUUCUAGCUUGCUAGCUAGCUAGUACUGGUCUGAAAUUCUUGUAACCCUUGCCAUCAUUCUUAAACACGGCAAAAAACAAUGAACGCUUGAUUGGUUAUGCGUUUCUAAUUUUAUCUAGUUUUUCUCCUUCUGUUUUAGUAACCUUCAUGUUCCUAUCUGUAUUUUGAGAUCUCUAUCAGAACUUUGGCCAUGGCAUAUUCCUAUCUGUAUUUGCGAUCGGAGAGCAUUGUCAUAUUCUAAGAAUUAGAAGUGGAACCUUCAUCUCCUAGUUUAAAAUUAACCAACUAAUGUUAA